GCUUGUCAGUUGUCACUGUGUUUUGUCUAAAACUCAAGAAAAAAAAAAAAACCUUUCUCCGUCUCCGACGAUGACUACCGGCGACCAGAGCAAGAAAAGAAAACAGCAUUAUCUCCCUCAAAAUAGACCAGCGAAGAAGAAGGGAGCUUACCCUUUGAAGCCAGGUGUACAAGGUUUCUUCAUCUCGUGCGAUGGCGGGCGCGAACACCAAGCUUCUCAGGAAGCUAUUAACGUCAUAGAUUCCUUUUUUGAGGAGCUAAUGCAUGGAACUGGCUUGAAAGUAAACUCUUCUGGGAUGCUGGAGAAGCCAGUAAACAAAAAGGUUACAUUUUCCUAUAGCGAUGAUGAGGAUGGAAAUGAGGAGGACGGUGAGGGUGAUAAUGGUGACGAAGAGGGAAACAAAGGGGAUGGAGAUAAGACUGAAGUGAGAGAAGGCGGUAAUGAUCAAGUGAAUGAGAAAGAAGUAGCAAGUGAAGUCAAACAGUUGGCAGAAACUAAGACUGCAAAGGAGGAAGAAGAUGAAGUGAACGAUCAAAACGGUGUCAAAGAGCCUCCAAGAAAGAAGACGUGCACGGAAGAAGCAAGUGAAUCAACAAAAGUAAGCGUAAAUGCAGAGAAGUCUAUUGAUAAGCUGAUUGAUGCUGAACUAAAAGAGCUCGGAGACAAGAGUAAGAGACGGUUUAUGAAGUUAGACCCUGGUUGCAACGGUAUUGCCUUCAUCCAAAUGAAAAGGAGAGAUGGUGACCCAAGUCCUAAAGAUAUUGUACAGCAUGGAUUGACUUCUGCUGCUGCAACUAAAAAGCAUAUAUCAAGGUUCAUCCUAAGACUUGUGCCAAUUGAAGUGUCGUGUUACCCUUCAGAGGAAGAGAUUUCAAGAGCCAUCAAGCCUCUUGUAGAACAGUAUUUUCCCGUUGAGACUGAUAACCCCCGGAAAUUUGCUGUGUUGUAUGGAGCGCGUGCAAACACAGGCGUUGAUAGGAUGAAAAUAAUAAACGCCGUGGCGAAAUCUGUACCUGCCCCUCACAAAGUUGAUCUGAGCAAUCCAGAGAUGUCCAUCGUGGUUGAAAUUGUUAAGACAGUAUGCUUAAUUGGGGUGGUAGAGAAGUACAAGGAGCUGGCAAAGUACAAUCUCAGGCAGCUCACGUCGACCAAGUGACAAUCUCAUUUUCUGUUUUGUUUCUUAAGAGUCCAAGACUAGGAUGCUUCUAUGUUUACUAGUAGUGUUAUAGAUUAUUCUGGCUUAUAACUUAUGAUCAAUAAGAUUUUCUCUUUGAUGAGUUUGGCUGUCUAUCAGCAUAGAACAUGUUUGGUUCCAUGCAGUAACAGAUUUGAUUAUGUUAAA